UUUGUUUUUUGUGAUCUUCACAAUGGUUUUGUUGUUCCUUAUUAUAUGCUUCUAGUGGAUCUUUGCUUUGUGCAUUGAAGAUUCGAUAUUAUGAAGGGAGAAGGUUGACCAAACUUGAGCAGCCAACCAGAAUACCAAUCCCCCGCCAACCAAGACCAAUCCAAGCAAAGCCAGCCGAGGGGGAUAUGAUCCCACUGAACCUGAUCGUGUGUGCGACGAAAUCGAAUGGGAUAGGCCAAGCAGGACGACUCCCAUGGCGGCUGAAGGAGGACAUGAACUUCUUCAAAUCGGUCACCACUCUGGCCCCCUCAGGAUGCAAGAACGUCGUCAUCAUGGGCAGGAAGACUUGGCUGAGCAUCCCCAGCAAGUUCAGACCUCUCGCUAAUCGGAUCAAUAUCGUCGUCAGUCGACAAUCUAAAGAUCCGGCUGCUCUCGAUAUUCAUCAGCAACAGGAUAGUUAUCUGGUCAAUUCGAUCGAGUCGGCCUGUCACCUCAUCCGAACUCUUGACUCUCCCGAUAACAACACUCAACAAGAAACAACAACAUCGGUGUUGAAGGAACGCAAGACUGGCGGAGAACCGUUGGUUAACAAAGUGUUUGUGAUCGGGGGCUCUGAGAUAUACAAAUCAGUACUCGACUCUCAACCGGACAAUAACAGGCUCUACAAACCAUCGACGAUCUUGAUGACCAGGAUCCUCUCUGAACAUCCCGCAAUCGAGACAUCCUUGGAUGCGUUCUUUCCCGAAUUUAGAGCCUCUAAACAUUGGUCCAAGUCGCAAAACCCGGACCUACUGAACCAGUUCUUGGUCCUUCCUGAUCAUCAAAACUCUUCCGGUUCUGUCCCCGAGCCUCACUAUCAACUCCCGUUUAACUUCGAUCAACUUAUCAUCGAAAACUCGUUCAUGUAUAAAUUCGAACUUUGGACUUAUAACAAUCCUUUAUAAUCGACAUCAUCAUCCUCAUCAUAAUCACUCUUGAAAUCUUGUUUUUUUUUGACUCCCUGAAAUUGACCGGAUGUCUAUUGAUAUACUCGUCUAUAAGGUCUUUCGUUUUUACGGA